AGCUUUUAUUGCUACCAUCGCGUGGGUUAUUUUGCACAAUGUUCGAAAAAGGCACCCUGGGAAGGAAACAGGAACAAGCAUUGUCAUUUUCCUUCCUAUAAUCGAGCAAAUGCAUACGUGUGGUUCAAACGGUCAAGUGACUGUUAUGCUGAAAUCACAUCAUACGAGUCUACAAGGCACAUACCGCAAAAUUCUAGUACAAGUGUAAAAACGAUUGCUCCGUGUGAAACAAGCAACAAAAUGGCGCCGAAAGUCGUACUGAUCACUGGCUGCUCAUCUGGAAUCGGCCUAGCCACGGCUGUGUGUCUAGCCAAAGAAAAGCAACAUGAAUUCAAGGUAUAUGCCACAAUGAGGAACUUGGGGUCAAAGGGCAGCUUGGAGACAGCAGCCGGGGACACCCUGGAUAAGAAUCUCUUCAUCCGGAAACUAGACGUGACUAAGGAGGACACCAUCUCGUCUGUGGUAGACGAGAUUGUACGCGAAAAUGGGAGAAUUGACGUUCUAAUAAACAAUGCUGGGUGCGGCGGUGUAGACGGAAAUGACCAGUGGCCUCUUGAGAGGUGUCAGGCCAUGAUGGAUACCAACUACUGGGGCGUGGUGAGAACCACCAGGGCGGUGUUACCAGCGAUGAAGAAACAGAAGUCAGGCCGAAUACUGAAUGUGAGCAGCCUCUACGGUGUCUUGGGUGGCCCCUUUUACGCCACGUAUGUCUCCAGCAAAUUCGCCGUCGAAGGGUUUACUGAAUCUUUCGCUCCAGUGUUGCGAGACGCUUACAAUAUCAGGAUGAGUAUUAUCCAGCCGGGUCCGGUCAGAACCGAAAUGUUGGCUAACUUCCAGAAAGACCGAGAAGAGUCCGUAAAGGAUUUCGACAGCGCCACGCGAGAAAUGUACCUGGUACAAAAGAAGAAGAUGAAAUCCCUUGUGGAACAGUUGGAUCAAACCGCCGACGACAUCGCAAAGCUACACCUGGAGGUGAUACUCAGCGAGAAUCCGCACCUGCGGUACCAGACCAGUGAAGCUGGUACUCAGAUUGUUGCUACUAAACUUAAGGAUCCUACCACUGACGCUCUGCUGGAUAUGCUGAAGCAGUAAGAUGCACUUUACCGAGGCAAACACUGCCCUACAGAUCCUUUGCAUGCACAGCGAUCUUUAUUUUUACUGAUGGUUUAUGAUGUAUUUCUGAUUUUAAUGUGCCUUGGAAUGUAAAAAGCCUCGGGGAUUUACAUUAACUCUUCGGUGUGAAACCUUUCUUAUCCUAACACCAAAUUAAACCAGAACAUUUCUCGUCUGGUCUAGCCAUUGCAAAGAACAUUUGAACGCUUUCCACAUCUUUAGUAAUACCUGUCACUGUUGAUAACAGAACGUUUGAUUGUUCUACAGUUAACUGCACAAAAUUGAGUCAGACGAUCAACAUUGACUUGAUGGACUCAGAAAUUGCAGUUUUGACAUUGAAUUAUUUCAACGUCAGGCACAGUGAGAUACGGUUUAACAUCGUUUGAGACGUUCUACCAAUAAAUUUUUUUUUUGCGUUUUUCAAUUUACCGAGUUAAUAUUUUCUGUUAUGUUCGGUGGCGAUUUCAGAUUUUCAUUUCAAGUGGAGGACUCAUUUGCAUUUUUAUUAAAUCACUCCAGUGACGUCACCCUCUUCAGAAAGGUGUCGACUAUUCAUAAUAGAAUAUACUGUAAAUUGCGCAAAAACUAAAACUUUGACUUUUUGACUCAUAAUGGACUCGAUAGACAAAAAAUUGCAAUUGUGGAAUUUAAGUCAAGCACAAUGAGAAACGCUCUAAACAUUUUGAUACGUACAUGUAUUCCGACUUUAUUUGCAUUUCAGUAUUUGUCGUCAUUUUUACUUAUUUAUAUGUUAAUUAUGCGUAAUGUACAAUUUUUAUGAUCUGUCUCUGUGCUUUGUUUUAAAAAUUCGCAUUUGGCUAUUUUACUUUCAGUAUAACCCCAGUUUCAACCUUUUCUCAGUUUUCAAAAUAAAUACAUGUAAUUUUUAAAAGAGAAAUAACGAUGACUGUUCAAGUGGUCUUCAUUUGUAAAGACAGUGCGAACCUGUGGUUCUCAAAUUAGCCGCUUGUUAACCUGCUUGGUGGUCGUGUUAACGUCCCCUAUUCCGUCCAGUCAUAUCUGUAGCAGUGGGUAAAUGGAGUCUGGCAUGUUUCCACUGCGGACUUUUAUAUACAAAUCCAUUUCCCCUCAGAGCGAGACAGUGUAUGCGCCCUCCAGCGAUGCACUGACGGUGCCGACUGCGUGUCCGUGUGUGCGACUUAAAUUCAGUACAUGCACACUGUACGUGCAUUAAAAAAAAGAAAGAAAAGAAUAGUUUUGACCCGAGCGGAGGAGUUGUACAAUGGCUUGAGCCUCAGGGGUCAAGCUCUUACGUGCACGCAGAUGUACAAAGCUAACCAACUCAGGGCAGUAGAUCGAAUCAUCUCAGGGCUCAAAUCACUAGUGAACAAGUUUUUGUUCUCUAAUACAAAUUACAAUGGGCACUAGUGGAGUGAGGGACGUGGUUUCAUUUAAGGAGAAACGGCUCAAAGAGUGGAGAUUCUUUGUCUCAAAGGGCGAAGACUCGAAUCUCCACUUUUUCGUCGUUUCUCCUUAACAUAAUUUCCUUGCACCGUUCUUGGAUGUCGUUAUACUAAAAUAUCAAGAUUAAAAACGAUUUUCCAAUGUUUCACAGAGAUUUAGUUUCUGACCUACUGUCGUGUAUCUGCAUAUCGCAGUGCUGUCAAGGACAUAUAGUCUACGUUUCUUAACACAGUUACCAUCUCAGCAGUUCCGCGGUGUCAUGUGUACAUUUUGCACUGCUUACAUUUGUUUUGCACAUAAAAUAUAAUUUUUCUGGUAAGCUAUAUGCUACGUUGGAAGGAAACAUUCAUACAACUGUUUUGUCGUAGUAUCAAGUACAAAAUUAGUGAAUAUCAACGUCUUGGCCCGGCUCUUUUUAAAAAUUACUCUAGACGAUGUUCUCCUACAUGUCCUAUGAAAUAUUAUUUGAUGUAUUUGUACAGAGAAGAAUUUUAGCAACGGUGUUCGACAGUUGGCAGGUAGAACUCCAAUGAUAAACUGCACAAAACUAUAAUGGAUGACCUCUGAAAUAUUAUUUGGGUUCUGCAGUGAUCACUGUCUUCACUAAAUAUACGGAAAAAUGCAAACUUUUGUCGACUUAUCCACUCCUCAAAUGGUAUCCAAUAUAUUGCUCCUGGGUGUCUUCUUCUUUCACGGGUUAGGCUACCUGCCGUCAAGUCUCUUUUUAAUUCCAUGGUCCUCAUUUCAGCCCUGUUGUGUUUUUUUUUUUUUGGUUCCUGACUGAA